AUGUCCCAAGACAACGAACCAGUUUUGCUUGCCGUCGACCAAGAGGAGCCAGAGGACUCAGUUCAAGGUGACUCACAGUCGGAAAUUGGAAGUAGCGUGGCUUCGUCGAGCACCAGCCUUCGGGAGUCUAUUCUCGAAUAUCGACAGGAGAAUGGCAGGACCUACCAUCGGUACAAAGACGGAACGUACAUCAUUCCCAAUGACGAUAGAGAGCUAGAGAGACUGGAUUUGACCCAUUCAAUGUGGCUUCUUGUCACCGACAACAAUCUCGGUGUUGCUCCACCUUGCCAACCUGGUGCCAAGGUCGGACGAGUUCUCGAUGUGGGCACCGGCAGCGGUAUCUGGGCUCUUGACUUUGGAGACGAGCACCCAGAAUCCGAGGCAAGCAUUCCCCUAGCUCAUACUCUUACCGGACAUUACACCUUUGACUUGUCUCCGACACUGCCUGCAUAUGUACCUCCCAACGUUCGAUUCGAAGUCGACGAUGCUGAAGAUCCGUGGUUGUACUCGCGACCUUUCCAGUACAUUCACAGCAGAGUCAUCACUUCAGGCAUCAGCAGUUGGGCAAAGUAUCUGAAGAAGUGCUAUGAUAACCUUGAGCCCGGCGGUUGGGUCGAACUGCAAGAAAUCGACCUCGCCCCAACAUCCGACGACGGAACGCUCAAGCCCGAUUCUGCGCUGCUCAGGUGGGCAGACUUGCUUCAGGAGGCUUCCGAGAAAUUUGGACGCCCUUUUGCCAAGGUUCCUCCGCUGAAAGAUGUCAUGGUGGAGGCUGGCUUCAUCGACGUCCAGAUGACGGUGACCAAGUGGCCGAGCAACUCGUGGCCCAAGGACCACAAGUGGAAGGAAAUCGGUAUCUGGAACUGUGAGAACAUGCUCACUGGCCUCGAGGGGUUCUCCAUGGCCGCGUUGACCCGGGGCCAUGAGUGGACACGCGAGGAGGUCGAGGUCUUCCUCAUGGAAGUACGAAAGGACAUCAAGGACCGGACUAUUCACGCUUACUGGCCAGUGUACUACAUAACCGGACGCAGGCCGGAGAAGGAAGGUACUGCGCCUCCGGAGGAAGCUCCCACAGAAGCUGUGACUUCUGCGGAAACAUAG